UUGAUCCCCUAUUUCGUGGUAGUUCAAAUUCACCUCUCCUGACCAUUCGGGUUUGACCUUAAAUUUUUUUCUCCCAGCUUGGUGGAGCGUAAUUCACGUGUAAAAUGCCGAAGAGAAAGUCUCCAGAGGGUCCUGAGGGCAAGGAGGCCCCCAAAGUCACAAAACAAGAGCCCACCAGAAGGUCAGAGAGAUUAUCAGCGAAACCCGCUCCACCCAAGCCUGAGCCCAAGCCCAAGAAGGCCGUCGUCAAGAAGGUGGUAGAUGAUAAGGGGGUGAAGGCAGCAAAGAAAGGCGGCGCCAAGGGAAAGAAGGAAGACGGCCCUGCCCAGAAUGGAGAGACCAAGACCGAGGUUACUGAAGCAGCAGAGGUGACUGAGGAGAAGGCGUAAAGACAUGGACGCGUCCACCGACUCGUCCCCUCUGACUCCAUGGCAGCAAAGCAUCUUUUUUUACUGACGAUUUUUGUACCAUGCUGAAUUUUUUUUAGACUUGUGAUAGUAGAGACAGACAUCCGGCAGCCCGGCCCCGUAUCUUCACACUCCUCCAACCUCUGCUUUCGCUCGAUGCUCCUCUCUCCUCCAUCCUCUAUAGCUAUAUACUGUGCGCCUCUUUGAAUCAGGAAGGCAGAAUGAAUUGGUUUUAUCAGACAGCUGCAGGUGUUCUCUGUUUUUGCCUGAAGGGGCCAUAAACAAGACUGUUGCGAUCUGUUAACCACCUCUGCCUUUGUUUGCAGUUAUACUUCUCUAUUAAAGAUGAUCAUCAUUAAUAGCACUCUGACUGUAAUGAGUAGACGCCCACCCCAAUGGUCAAGGUGAAGGUCUGUAGGCGCGUAUCAACAGUCUGGACGUAGAGCUAAGAGAAACCAGUUCCACGGUCGCCGCGGAGAACAUCUGCAGCUUUUAAAACAUCUUAGUUUUUAGAAUCGGCACCACUGUGUUUCACAUAGCUCUUUUGUAUGUGUGUGCUGGAGUGAAUGUGUUUGUGGGUCUCUGUGUUUGACUUUGUUUACUUCAUUCCCCCCCACCCUCCUCUCCUCUUUCUUUUUCUUCACCCCCCUCUGACCGCCUUGUCCUGCAGCAGACUGACACAGCAAUAAUGAGUGGUGCUUCUGUUCUAGACGGCUCUGUUGGCUUUGGACCCUCUGGGCUUCUCUGAGUUUCAUCCUGUUGGGAGAAUAUUUUGAAAUAAAAGAAAAAGUUGAUGUCA